CUUAGGUCUUGCCCUCUAUAUAUAUUUCUGUCUUCAGUCUGUUUACCACAUAAUGAGCAGCCCGCCCCCAAGUAGCUGAAUAAGAGAAAUGGACGAGGAGGAGGCAUCCAUGAAGGAAAUCAUCGAGGUUGGAGAAGAGUGCAUGGUUUCACCAUCAUCCAAUGAAAACCCAACUCGGAGAAUAACUUAUUUUCUCAAACACUGCAGCCAGAAUUGCAUUCAAGAGUCACCACAUCCACAAGAUUUUCAUCAUUCCUUCCCCUCCAACCAGAUAAAUGCUGUCACUAAAGUGAGAUACAAUGGUUGGCAAAAGCCACAUGAGGAAUGGAAAACAUGGGUCCAAAAGAUGCAACUCAAGUAUGAACAUCUGUGGGCAAAAGCUGGCAUAAAUGAUGCAAUCCAAGCUUCAACGUAUGAGUUCAACAGGAAGCAUGAGUUGAUUCUUGCCCUUGCUCAGCGUUGGUGUUCCAAGACCAAUACCUUCAUCUUCCCUUGGGGAGAAGCAACCGUCACGUUGGAAGAUUUAAAGGUUUUUUGGGGUUAUUCUGUUAUGGGAGUUCCUGUUUCUAGCCCUCUCGAGACGAGUGAGCAGAAGGAAGUAGAAGCAGAACUAAUUGAGGCAAGAAGAAUGUUUAAUAGCACAAAAUCAAAAAAAGUGACUCAUAGGCCAUGGGUGAUGCAUUUCAUGGAGAAUGAAAGUGGAGUGGAACACGAGGCCUUUUUGAUUUAUUGGUUGUCGAGGUUUGUGUUUCCAAAGGUACAUGAAACUAUUUUGAAGAGUGUUUUUCCAAUUGCGAUACAUCUUGCUCGAGGGACUCGAGUAGCUCUUGCACCGGCUGUUUUAGCAAGCAUUUAUAGGGACUUGAGUUUGUUGAACAACACCAUCAACAACAUUGGCACAUCCAUCACUCUGUGGGCACCUUUUCAGGUUGUGCAAAUAUGGGCUAUGGAGAGGUUUCCAGCACUGCAGCGGUAUCCACAAACAGUUGAAGAACAAGUGCUAAGGCGGUGGGCUAAGUGUGAUGGAGUAAAAAUGGUAAAAGAUAAAAACUUGAAAUCUGUAUUGGAUUCUGCUGGAGAUUGUAACAGAUUUUUAUGGAGACCAUACAACAAUUCACCAUCUCUAAAGCUUUAUAAUGAGAAGGAAAUGUGGGAAUGUGAUAAUCCUAAUUUGGAUUAUGAAUUGGAGUCAUUUGAUCGUUGCUUGAGGGCGUGUAAAUUGGUCGGUAUGGGGUGUGUAGAGCAAUACUUACCACAUCGUGUUGCUUUACAAUUUGGAUUGGACCAGGACAUUCCAGGUAUGGUUUUAGAUUGUAACAAUGAUCCUUGGAAGAGUGAAGGGUCUUUUGGCCCACCUCCUGGUUUUACUUCCAAGUUUGGAAGAGAUCAAGCAGGGGAUUUUGAUAAAAAGGAUCAGUUGGGAGAAAGAAGAGACAAUGAUGAUAGCAAAGAAGCCAAAAUGAAGAGUCCAUUGUGUGAUAUAAAUGGUGCCAUUGACAUGGAAGGGGAAGGGGAAGGUGCAAGAGUUGGUUUGGGAGCAAAAGUGGUUUCUGAGCUUAAAGCUACAAAAUUGAGGAUUUCAAAGCUUGAAAAAGUGAUUGCUGAGCUUAAAGCCGCAAAAUUUGGCCCAAAGGUUGAAAGUGGUGCACCCAAAGCAAAGCCAUAGUGCUCCUUGGUUAGUAACAAUAGAUCCAGAUCCUUUUUACCCAAUGCAGAUCAACUUAUAUCUAAGUAAUAGUUCAAUUGCUAACUUUCUUUGUAUUGUGACCCGUUGUUUAGUGAUAGUUCCUUUUUUUGUACAAUCUGCAUUAGUGCUCUUAAUUGUACUUGCUAUUAUGCAGAUCAUGGGAAUGUCAAGCGUCUGAAGUUAUUGAUUUGGUUGUUUAUAAAAACAUAAUAUAGAGUAUCCCAUUCUCUUUGUCUAUUGAUUACAAUAUUUUAAGGAACAAAGCACUAAUGAAGAA